GCCCCGCCGCGCCCAGCCCCGCCGGGGGCGCCCCUCGGCGCCCGCGCGCCCUCCCCAGCCAUGUCGUCUAUCCUGCCCUUCACCCCCCCGAUCGUGAAGCGCCUGCUGGGCUGGAAGAAGGGCGAGCAAAACGGGCAGGAGGAGAAGUGGUGCGAGAAAGCGGUCAAGAGUUUGGUCAAGAAGCUCAAGAAGACGGGGCAGCUGGACGAGCUGGAGAAGGCCAUCACCACGCAGAACGUCAACACCAAGUGCAUCACCAUCCCCAGGUCCCUGGAUGGCCGCCUGCAGGUGUCGCACCGGAAGGGGCUCCCCCAUGUCAUCUACUGCCGCCUGUGGCGAUGGCCGGACCUGCACAGCCACCACGAGCUGCGGGCCAUGGAGCUGUGUGAGUUCGCCUUCAACAUGAAGAAGGACGAGGUCUGCGUGAACCCCUACCACUAUCAGAGGGUAGAGACCCCAGUUCUACCUCCGGUGUUGGUGCCACGCCACACAGAGAUCCCGGCCGAGUUCCCGCCGCUGGACGACUACAGCCAUUCCAUCCCCGAGAACACUAACUUCCCCGCGGGCAUCGAGCCACAGAGCAAUAUUCCCGAAACCCCACCCCCUGGCUACCUGAGUGAAGAUGGAGAGACCAGUGACCAUCAGAUGAACCACAGCAUGGACGCAGGUUCUCCAAACCUAUCCCCAAAUCCGAUGUCCCCAGCACACAGUAACUUGGACCUGCAGCCCGUCACCUACUGCGAGCCCGCCUUCUGGUGCUCCAUCUCCUACUACGAGCUGAACCAGCGCGUCGGGGAGACUUUCCACGCCUCGCAGCCGUCCAUGACAGUGGAUGGCUUCACCGACCCCUCCAACUCAGAGCGCUUCUGCCUGGGGCUGCUCUCCAAUGUCAACAGGAACGCAGCCGUGGAGCUCACGCGGAGGCACAUCGGGCGAGGCGUGCGGCUGUACUACAUCGGAGGCGAGGUCUUCGCGGAGUGCCUCAGCGACAGUGCCAUCUUCGUGCAGUCCCCCAACUGUAACCAGCGUUACGGCUGGCACCCAGCCACCGUCUGCAAGAUCCCACCAGGAUGCAACCUGAAGAUUUUCAACAACCAGGAGUUUGCCGCCCUCCUGGCUCAGUCCGUCAACCAGGGCUUCGAGGCCGUCUACCAGCUGACACGCAUGUGCACCAUCCGCAUGAGCUUCGUCAAAGGCUGGGGGGCAGAGUACAGGAGACAGACAGUGACCAGCACCCCCUGCUGGAUUGAGCUGCACCUGAAUGGGCCUUUGCAGUGGCUUGACAAGGUCCUCACCCAGAUGGGCUCCCCGAGCAUCCGUUGUUCCAGUGUGUCUUAGAGACAUUGGGUGUGAAGAGGGGGUUGGGGAGGGCGGGCUUGGGGAAAAUGGCCAUGUAGGAGGUGGAGAAAAUUGGAACUCUACUCAACACACUGUUGUCAAGAAAUUUUUCUCCUUCAACCAAAGUGUCACCAACCUGUUCUCCAAAACACAAAAGCAAACCCAGAGAUGGAUUUUAUGAACAGCUGUGUCUGAACACAUUUGCCCUCUGGCCCCAGCUUGAAGGGCAAGAAAUGGCUUCUGCUUUGGUGGCUUGAGCAAACAGGUAGUAUGUCACCACCCGCCUCCCUCCCCCCAGCCCUUCUUUUUUAAUGACAGCAACCUGGGAUGUCACUGUCCAGGAAAUGACCCUCUGUUCAGGACUGGAGUGUGGCAUUCACCUUGGGUGUUCUAGGUAGGGAAAAGCCUGCAGGGGUGUGAGCAGAUCUCCUGCCCAGCCCUCUGGCGCUUGUGACAGAUGCCUCUUGCACUGAGCAGUGAGCCCCAGCACUCCCUCAGCAGACCCUGCACCUGGAGCUGGACUGACUCGGGGUGGGAGGGGCUCGCCUGUCUCCUCCCCCUCAGAGCAUACUGACUGAUGUGACCCAGUGUGUUCAGGGGCAGGGACAGUGGGGAAAGUUGGAGAGACCUCUUCUUUCAAAAUGCUCUUAAAUGUGUCCCUUCUCACUUUGAGCAGUUGGAAGGAUCUGCUGAGGCUCGGUGCAUAUGCAGUGUAUCGUUUGUCCCAUUGAUCUCAGAGAGAUUUGAAUUGCGUGAAGUAUUCACAGAAAGCAGGAGGCACUGUGGAGUGACAGCGUUCGGGCUACGGCAGCACUACAUAGCGUGGGUCCCAGUUGUAAGAGCUCACUUCAUAUUCUCAUGCAUUCGGCUAUUGGUUUAUGUAGUCAUUUGCAUUAAUUAAAUGAACUUUAUCAUGUGCUC